AUGAACCCGUCUCAACCCAAAGAGCCACAACUCGAAGGAUCAAGAUACUUAUGGUAUAUUUCUGUUAUGAAAUUUUAUGACUCGGUCACACGGUGGUGGUUUAUCUACAUUAUCAUACAUAUUCUAAUAAUGAUGUGCACCCUACAAAUAACUCCACAACAGAGAACUCCCUACAGGAAACUUCUGGUAAAGACUUCCAGACCAAUUGAAAUUCCCAAUACGGAUAAUAGUGGUAACGUUAUGCAGUUUCGGUUUGUCAAUAGUAACGUAAUUGCAUGGUCGGUCGAGAACAUUUACUUGGAAUCUGAAGAUUAUUAUCGAUUAGAUUUCAAGAAAUUAAAUUUCUCAUUGGAUACUUGGAAUUUAUUGUUAAUACCAAAUUCUGAGCGGAAAUCCGUUGAAAGCAGACAACCUUACAUCAGAAUGGGUCAGCCCGUGGAUAUCCUUUGGACAAAUGAUUAUGCAUGA